CGAACGGCUUCAAAAUUAACCACCUCCUUCUCCCUCUAUCUUCGACGAAUUUCAACCACAAACGCCAAUCCACGGCCACCGCCGCCGCCGACAACAAAAUGUCAAAGGACUGCCCUAACCACGACAAGAAACGGCCGAAGUUAAUCCGGCGAAUCUACGCCGGAAUCCUCAUUUUCUUCUUUCUCGUCCUUCUUACAAUCCUCUUAAUUUGGGCCAUUCUUCAGCCCACAAAGCCCAAAUUCAUUAUCCAAGAUGCCACCGUCUUUCUCUUCAACGUCUCCGCCGCAAACUUCCUCUCCUCCAGCAUUCAGGUCACCGUCUCCUCCCGGAACCCUAACGACAACAUCGGAAUCUACUACGACCGCCUCGAUGUCUUCGCUGUCUACCGGAACCAACAGAUCACUCUCCGUACCGUCAUUCAACCUUCCUUCCAAGACGAAAACGAACUCAACAUCUGGUCUCCGUUCCUCAUCGGCGACGACGUUCCGAUCUCUCCGUACAACGGCGCUACUCUCUACCAGGACCAGUCCUUCGGCACCGUCGUCUUGUCGAUCAAACUCGACGGCUACGUCCGAUUCAAAGUCGGCACGUUCAUCUCCGGCCGCUACCAUCUCAACGUCGACUGUCCGGCGGUGAUCAUGUUCCGAAAUCCAACCGCCGGUAUCGUCGUCGGUAAUAACGCUGUUAAGUACCAAUUGGUUCGCUCGUGUAGCGUCAGUGUAUAAGCUCCUUUGUUGCCGCCGUCAGAAUUAUUGCUCUCCGUUCUCUCUCUCCUUCACGCCGUUAGUUUCCUCUCUCUCCUGAUGUCUAUUCUCAUUUUGGUUUUCGAUUUUU